CCAAUGGCUGUGAAUUUAAUCGUAGAACGCCUGGGCGAGGAAGAGAUCCCAUCCACCCCUUGCGAUCCCGUCACCUCGGUAACCGUGGUUUGGGACGAGCUGUUUACACGGAUGAAAUCUCUUACGUUUUGAAUCGUACCGCUUACACAGACAAGCACUCGCACAUUACAUUCUGAUUGAGUGUCAAUAACAACGCGGUGUACAAUUGUCAUGUAAUCGCGUGACAACACGUUAUCUUCGUUGUAGUGCCGUAUGGACCAGUUGACGAGGUUCACCGAAUUGUCACUCUUGCUGUCGUCUGAUAAGAAUUGUUAUAAAAGCUACGGACCUUGGACUCCGUAUCUUUUGCAAACUCCCCCUCCACAAACGUGUUCCGUAUUAUCGUCUAAAUUGUCACCGAAAAUGGACUCGCGAACUUCAUCGUUGUCCCCAGUGAUCGACCCCGAUGAUUCGAGAUCACCUCCUAGGUCACCAAACUCACCAACCCGUUCGUCGAAACCUUCGGUUCAAACGCUUUUGAACAACGACGAACAUAGCAUAUGUCACAAUAAGUCUUCCAGCGUGACUAAAUCACCAGUACAUCCAUCACCAAUCUCUGAUGACCGACGACAUAUAUUAAUUACAGAUUUUAAAAAAUCUAAAGAUGAUAUAUCUGAUGAUUUUCAUCAACAUUUUGAUGAGACAAAAAAUAAUAAGCAAUCGAAUAAUUCGUCCAAUAAACAAAGGCGAAGUAGAACUAAUUUUACUCUAGAGCAGCUCAAUGAACUAGAAAGACUUUUUGAUGAAACCCAUUAUCCCGACGCUUUUAUGAGAGAAGAAUUAAGUCAACGUUUGGGUUUAAGUGAAGCCAGAGUACAGGUAUGGUUUCAAAAUAGAAGAGCAAAAUGUAGAAAACACGAAAGUCAAAUUCACAAAGGUCUGAUGAUGCAUCAAAAUGUUUCUACUCCGUUAGAACCAUGCCGUGUAGCACCUUAUGUGAACGUACCUAGACUACCACAAAUUCAGUUCAACUCUACGGCUGCUGCUGCAUUCUCAGCAUUCGACCCUGCUAUAUUAAAUGCAGCACAACAGUUGCACUAUGCAGUCACUAUGGGCCGAAGUGUACUUUGUCCAGCACCAUAUCCCCAAGGAAGUCUUAGUUUAGCCACUCUAGCAGCAUUACACCAAGAUAGAUUAUUAACUAAGAAUUCAAGUAUUGCUGACUUAAGGUUAAAAGCAAAAAAACACGCUGAAGCCAUAAGUAGGGAUCAGGAAACUGUUUGAUUUUACAGUCAAUGCGUUUAUGAAUUUAUGCAUCUGGAACAGUAUAUUUGAUAACGAUGGUUAUCAGAUAUACUGUUUCGGUAAUUACUGCAGUAUUGAAUUUGAUAUACACAUGUUAACGAGGAUUUUGUAAAUAUCUAUUACAAUAAUGAUC